GAUAAAAUUGUUAUACAGCAAUGCAUGUGUUGAUCAGAAGGCUCAAAUUCCUGUGGAUUCAAAAGGCUUGUGAAGUUCUCACCCGACACCGAUUUGUUCAAACGUCUGCGGCACAAUAUCUGGCAAACCCAAAAACGGAUUAUUUCAAAAAACUGUUUCAGAAACUCGGCCAUCAGAAAUUAGUCAGUAACGCAAGCACUUAUGAAUCCCUCAUAUCCCAGUCCAAAUCCUGCCCCAAACCACAGGAAACCACCUCGAAAAAAUCCCAACCGCCCAGCGGCCGCCACAAAUUCCACAAAGAAACCGAAGACAUACUCAACCAACAGAUAACUGAAGAAUUCAACGCCGCAUUCUCCUACCUCUCCAUGGCCUGCUACUUUGGUCGCACCGACAUAGCCCUUCCGGGCUGCCAGGGUUACUUUAUGAACAUGCACGUCGAGGAACUCUCCCACGCCAUAAUCUUCGUCAACUAUGUCCUCAUGAGGGGGGCCUCCGUAGCGCUGUCGCCCAUCCAAGUGCCUGACAACCAGGACUGGAAAUCCGUAGAGAACGCUUUCGCUGCUGCUUUGGAGAUGGAGAAGCGGAUCAAGGAGAAGUUGGGCGCCGUCUAUGACGUGGCCGAGAAACACAAGGACCUGCACGUGAUGGAUCUGAUUUCGACCGAGUUUGAGGAGGAGCAGAACAAGUCGAUUUGCGAGCUGGCUAGGUUGUUGGUGCGGGCCAAGAUGGCGGCGGACGCCGUUGGGGAGUAUCUCUUCGACGAAAUGGUGUACGAUUCGUUUGUGAAGAAGUCCAAGGAUAACUUGAUGUAUAAGAGUAAGCUGGAUGAUGGAGGGACGGAUGAAGUAUAUAAAUGAAAAGUA